AUGUCUAACUCUCUUUCGAGUAACAAAAGUCACACAAAAAAAGUGAAUAGUAGCAGAGAACGUGAUCGUAAUAAGUCUGUUGCAUCAGAAUCUGGUGGUUCUAGUCAAUGUGAUACUCCCCCGCUAACGGAGAAGGAUGGUAGUUCAUCACAAGGCAAGUUUGCAGGUAUUGGCGCAGAGUCUGUACAAUGUAUGGCAGAACAAUGCGGAGCAGAGAUCAAUGCAGAGGCAUGUACCAACCUCGCUGAAGAUGUCAGCUAUAAACUUAGACAGAUUAUUAGUACACUUUCCCUUCAGAGUGAGAUGAUGAAGAAAUCAUGCGUGGAUGGCUGGGAUGUCAAUUCCGUUUUAACGUUAGCAGACACAAGUCCAGUUGUUGGAGCUUGUUCGACACAAUAUGCCACACUCAGUGAAGAAAAGCUGUGUGUUCCUCUUGACAACCUAAUCAAUGUUACUGAGUUUUCUACAACCAUAUACAGUCACGUGUAUUCUUCGGUGCCAACUGUAUCAGUUGACUGGAUCACGGAUGAUAAGAGUUUGAACAAUGCCAGUAACAUCAGUGUUCACCUACAGAAUUAUUACACAAGAGUGGCUAGAGCAAUACUUAGUCUUAGAAAGAAGCCAAAGGUGAUUGCCGUAGAAGACUUAACAACGAACACUCGCAUUGGGCCGAUAUUUCCGAAUCUCUUCAACUUAGCCGUGUUGGUGCUCAACGACGACAAUUUAAACGCUCUCAACGUGCCUGCUAAGAAACCUUUGCAGUCCAACGUGCUGGAUAUGGUCGACGCUCUCUGUUCUAAUCCUUGUAGUUUAGAUACUAAUAUUCAGCAGCAGUUCCAGAGAUUGUUUCCGGUGAUGGUGUCGAACAUACUCGGCAACGGCUCGCUGUCCGAUAAAAUGGUCGCUAUUCUCACGAAAAUCACACGCACCUGGCCGUCUUUUAUCGCUAUAGGCAAGGGCAUCCUGUUCGACUACCUGGCGCAGGGCUCGCACGAGCGGCUCACGGCGCCCAUGAUCCACUGCGUGUGCGCGCUGGGCCGGCGCGCGCUGGUGCAGUGCCUGGGCGACCACCUGCACCACCUCGACGUGGCCGCGCAGCUCACCUACCGCGUGCCCGUCGUGCCCGACCUGCGCGGCGCGCUGCUGGACGCGGCGACGUGCCUCCUGAGAUCUGAACCGACGACCUACUUAGAAGAUUUCGUGGUAACCGACUCCUCGCUGUAUGAGAUUCUAGGAGACUCCGUCAGCCCUCGGCGAACCUUGUUUCCUUAUAGAGAAACAGUAAUACAAGGAAGCACCAGCCCCGAGAAGACGAUAGAUGAAGAAUGCUUGUACAUGCCUCUGAGGCCUGUGUUGAAACGCGCCAAGCUUCGCCUAAUACCUGCCUCGAUGCCGUCUAGAAAUAGCAUUCACAGAGAUGCAUUCUUUGAACCCACAAAAUAUAGAAGUGAUAAGUGCAUAAGAAUAAAGAUAAAGAAUUGUAGGACACAAGUGAACAGACCUAAUACAGUGCGAACCCAAAUGAAUCAUUCAUUUCCUAGUCGAGGUGGAGUUGUGGUGGCUAGUGGUCUACUCAAUAGAUUUAAGUACAAAUUUAAUAAAUCUAGUAACGAAUUUCCAAUAUUUGGAGCCCUAAUGUUGUAA